CUCUGCAAUUGCAAGUUAUCCAGAAGAAAAAGAACCCACAAAGAAAACUUGAGAAGGAGAGAGGGAGAGAGGGGAAAAAGCUUAGAGAUAUUAAUUUCUUCUCCCAGAAGAAAAAGAAACAAGAGAAGGGACUUUGGUGAAUGACGAGUGAGCUACAGUUACCACCAGGGUUGAGAUUUCACCCCACCGACGAGGAGUUGGUAAAUCAUUAUUUGUGUAGGAAAUGCGCGUCGCUGCCUCUUGCUGUUCCUAUUAUUAGGGAGAUUGACCUCUACAAGUUCGAUCCAUGGCAGCUCCCAGACAUGGCUCUGUACGGUGAAAAGGAGUGGUCCUGUUCAACUGCCCAGUCCAUAGUAGCACAUUAAGCUAAGUUAAUUCUUAUUGAUGAGCUUCAACUGCCCAGUUCUGCCCCUAUUCAACCAGUUCUGCUCUUGAAGACAAUGGGAUGAGGGUCACUUGGGAGGAGACGAAGACAAUGGGGAGAGGACGAUGGCUUCUGUGUUUGUGUGGAUGGGUGUUUCGAUGGGUCAAAGACGAAGAGCUGCUGUGUUCGUGGGGAUGGGAUUUCGAGAACUGUUUUUAUUUUAUUUUUUUUUAAAAUAACGCCACAUCAGCUGCGAUGCCGCGGCGGGGUAGCAGGCCGGUUGCCUAUAG